AUGGUCGCCGCUCUAGCCCUCCGACCACAAGAUGAAAACUCCAAGCGAUGGAAAAUAUGCCCUCCUUUACAGGAUCAGGUGAACACGCGCUGGGCACUGCAAAUAUCCGCACAAAAGCGACACGUCGCCGAUUUUUUUCAAACACCAGACUUCUACAUACAACUCAACAACUGCAUAGCCAAGACGAAGCUCCUCGCCGUUUUCAGCAUCAUACUGGGCUUCAUUGCCAUGCUAUCCAAUGCGCAACCCACCUUCACCGACACAAGCAACUCGAUUGGCUUCAUCGCAGGCUCUUCCAAGUCCACCGAGACCACCGUCACUGUAACUCGUAACCACCCAGUCUUUGCCGUAACCCAUUUGACCCUCCAGACUGUUGUCACCCCGGUCAAGAAGUCAAAUUCGGCUAACGAGGGCACCUUGGCUAUCCAUCACCAGCCCACCGAUACCUUCCUCCCCAGUCACUUCGACGCCAAGGCGGUUUUCAACACCGCACGCGAGUAUCGGUCCGAGAAGCUUGACAAUGGAGUUUUGCUUGAGGCAGUCCAGGGGGACGAAACCUCCCACGAAGAGGCAGAUCAGGGAGACGAAGACUCCCUUCAGGCUGAUCAAGGGAACGAACGCGGCCCCGGGAACAACACAGACGGCCACGAGAACGGGCCCCACUCCGCAGCCCGCCCUGUCCUCGAUGGUCGCUCCCCCUCAGUCCCAAAGACCGGCGGCUUCGCAAAGACCUGCGCAUCUAAUUGGGUUGUCUGGGACCUCUGCAACACCAUCUGGGCCAACUGCUGCGGCAGCGGCGACCGCCGCGACGCGCUCUCCUGGUCCGGUCUCAGUCUCGAUCACAUGCUCGGCAAUGACCGCGGCGAACUUGUCUACCGGCCCGGCGCCGGCUGCGCGCGUUGGGGCAGGACGCACCUCGCGUGCCGGUGCCUCGACGAGCGCGGCGAGUAUCACGCCUCAGCCAUCAACCUCGACAAAUACAUCGGUAACCAUGACGGCCUCCUGUGCUCCGAGUACGAAUGCGGCGUUCGCGAGAACCAGCCUCCCGGCGCCAAUUAA